GAUCAUCCUCAACGAUACUCAAAAGUUGACUAAUGCCAACUCCUCUCAUCUCCCGUCGAGUUGCAGUGAUCGGCGCCGGCGCAGCAGGCCUUGCUGCUGCGCAUGAGCUCCAACGCGAGGGCCACAACGUUGUAGUAUUUGAACGAGAAAUCCAAAUCGGCGGCACCUGGGUCUACGAUCCAAGGGUGGAAUCAGACCCGUUGAGCCUGGAUCCAAGCCGAAGUAUAAUUCACUCGAGCCUUUACUGCUCCCUUCGCACCAACCUCCAAAGAGAAGUGAUGGGUUUCAUAGACUACCCAUUCAUACCCAAAGACGAUCACACGAGAGACCCGAGAAGGUACCCAGGUCACCGGGAGGUGUUACUAUACUUGCAAGAUUUUGCGAGGGAGUUUGGGAUUGAGGAUAUGGUGAGGUUACAGACUGAGGUGGUUUACGUUGGGUUAGUAGAGGAGACUAACAAGUGGAAAGUGAGGUCUAAAAAGAAGAGAGAGAAUAAUGAUGAGUUUGAAGAUGAGAUUUACGAUGCUGUUGUGGUUUGCAAUGGACAUUACACGGAACCUUGUGUUGCUCAAAUACCAGGCAUCAGUUCUUGGCCAGGGAAGCAAAUGCAUAGCCACAAUUACCGUAUUCCGGAUCUCUUCCAAGAUCAAGUGGUAAUUUUGAUCGGGAGUUCAUUAAGUGCUAAUGAGAUAAGCAGAGAAAUUGCUGGGGUUGCCAAGGAGAUCCAUGUCACUUCAAGAUCAGUCAGAGACGAAACAUAUGAACAACAGUCUGGAUAUGACAAUAUGUGGAUUCAUUCUAUGAUUGAAAGUGUUCAUGAAAAUGGUUCUGUGAUAUUCCGAAAUGGGAGAGUUGUUGUAGCUGAUAUCAUUCUACAUUGCACAGGGUACAAGUAUCACUUCCCUUUUCUUGAAACCAAUGGCAUUGUGACUGUGGACGAUAAUCGUGUGGGACCAUUAUUCAAGCAUGUUUUUCCACCAGCUUUGGCACCAUGGCUUUCUUUUGUUGGUUUACAACGGAAGAUUGCCCCUUUCCCAAUUUUUGAACUUCAAAGCAAGUGGAUUGCUGAUGUGUUAUCAGGCAGGAUUGAGCUUCCAUCUCAAGAGGAGAUGAUGGAAGAUAUUGAAGCCUUCUACCUGUCACUUGAAGCUUCUAACGUUCCCAAAAGAUACACCCAUAACAUGGGUGAUUCUCAGUUUGAUUAUAGCAACUGGCUUGGAGCUCAAUGCGGAUGUGAAGGGUUUGAAGAAUGGAGAAUCCAAAAGUAUUAUGCGAGUGGCAUCGGCAGGCGCCUUAGGCCGGAUACUUAUCGUGACCAUGAAGAGGAAGAUGACCACCACCUGGUCUUGGAGAUUCAUCAAAUAAAAUAAAUUCACUAGCAGUUAUCUGAUUUUAUUGGUUCCAUCUAAAUAAAGAGAAAUAACAAAUAAUUAAUUUUAUUUUACUAUUUUUACUGUCAAAUUUGAGCUUGGGCCAAUAUUACUGUGGAAUUUAAGCCAACAUUAUAAAUAUUUUCCAAACGAUGAUGAAUUUUUUUUUUUUUUCUUUCCACGUGAAUCUUAAAAAAGCUCCAUCGUCACGGCUUCACGUUCGUUGUAAACAUUAGCUUCAAAACCACCAACGGUGGAGUCGAUAAUGAGCACUGCACAGUCAGCCUUAAAGGUGCCAGCGAUCCUGUUCUUGAUAAAGCGACGACGUCCAAGAGUAUCAAUGACAGUGCAAUAACAUUUGGUGGCGUCGUGGAGAUUGCAUUCGUCGAAGUUGGGUCUGAGUGGG